AAGAGUUUGAUUUACUCACGGGACGCAGUUCGUUUAGAUAUUUAGAUCGUUACAUGGCGUUAUGAAGGUGCUGAUCAUGUAUACUAUUUUGACUCAUGAUUAUAAGCUUUAUUUCUAAGUUUUACUUUGAAUGUCUGGCUGCCAAAUUAACAACUGGACACUUGGAUUAAGAGAAGAAAUACGGACAUUUUUGGAUUUUUAUCGUUGUUGUGCCGUUUUUGUCUUCGUUAUCUUCGUUAUACCAACAGGACGGUCGUUUACAAUAUUUGACGACACGGUUUACAGUGUUUAAAACGGCUUAAUUUACUUCUGCAACACGAUCCAUUGUUGAAGAAAGGAUGUCAUCGUCUGCAGAACCGUUUUCCUACAUCGAAAUGAGUCGAGUCAGCGCAGCUGGCACUGACAUCAGUAGCGACGAUCAUCUCCUAAGAGAAUUGGAGCCCAACGAUUUAUUACAGGAGACCGAGUGGUACUGGGGUGACAUAUCAAGGGAGGAGGUGAAUGAAAUACUCCACGGCAUGCCUGAUGGUGCUUUCCUGGUCCGAAAUGCCUCUUGCAAACGGCAGGGAGAAUAUACAUUAACUGUUAGGAACAACGGCACCAACAAACUCAUCAGGAUCCACCAUCAAGAUGGGAAAUUUGGGUUCUCGGAGCCUCUGACCUUCAGCUCAGUGCCGGACCUGAUAUCUUACUACAGGCAUAGGAGCUUAGUCCAGUACAACAGCUCCCUGGAUGUCACAUUGGCUUAUCCCGUGUCCCACUUUGACCCGCUCCGUACCUUUUCAGAUCUACCUGUGAAGGAAGAGUUCUUGAGUGCAACCAGAGAGAAACUUCAAGAAUGUUUAAGGCUGUUUCAGAAGACGGCAGAGUAUGACCAGCUAUAUGAUGCUUGCACUACAUUAUUACAAGAAAUCCAAAGGAGAAAAACAUUAGAGGCCGUCAGUAUGACCGAGAUCUCCAAAGAACAGAACUCCUGCAAGGAUUUCCAAGACACAGUCCACAGUGAGCUAAAAGAGUCUGAAUAUGAGGUAAAAGAGGAGGAAGAGAAAAAUGUGGAGCUCCUGGAGGAAGAGAGCUGGUUUGUAGGAGAUCUCGGUCGCGGUCAGGCAGAGGAGCUUCUUCAUGGGAAACCGUCUGGAGCUUUCCUCAUUCGCAACAGCAGCACCAAGGACUGUUACGCCUGCUCUGUAGUGGUCGGCAACCAGGUGAGGCAUUGCGUGAUUCGCCACACGGAGCGUGGCUACGGAUUCGUCGAGCCAUUCGAUCUCCACAAGUCUUUGAAGGAUCUGGUCAUGCACUACCAUCACACCUCCCUGGCACAGCACAACCAGGCUCUGGACGUCCGGCUCGCGUAUCCAGUCCACAUGUCCGGCUUCCCAGCCGCUCACAGCUGAAUCCGCUGGCCUCACGCCGGAGAUUACCUGCACUAAGACUGAAGGAGAUUUCGCCCUAGUUGGCGUUUCCCUCGAUUUUACCAUUUGGACAAUGUACAUGUGCAAAGAGCGGAAGCGACUGUCAAGCUGUUUGUUCGUAUACUGCACUUUCCAAAGCAUUCCUCAUGGUCAUAAUGAUACUCCAGUACUUGAACAAGUGUUUAAUGAGCCCUUUGUAGACAUGUUUACAGACGCUCACGAAAUUUGUUUUUAAGAGUUUUGUAAUACAGUCAUGCUCUUUUAAGCAAACAGAUGUUGUAGUAGUUUUUGUGGGGAUGAGUGGUUAUAAUCUUUUAUUACAAUUCAUUCAUCACCGAAAACAUUUUAAAAAUGUAUUUUGUGAAUGUAACACCAUUAUAACUAAAACAAGAUGCCUGCAGUCCACGUUCUUUUGCGCACCCGAGUAAGGAUUUUACGUUUUUUGACGCAUGGUUUAUUUGUUUCAGAGAAAACUGGUUUUAGUUGAUAAAAGUUGAAUGGCAUUUUAAAGACAGCUUGAAUAUUUUGUGCACAAUACAAGUAUCUAUUUUGCACCUGUUACAGAGUAACAGGAAAUAUAUUUGUUGAAUAUAAGUUUCUGCAUACUUCUAAUGUUUACCUUUUUUUACUAUGCGUUUUUAGGAAGCCAGGACAGUGUAGCUGUCUUGUGGGCUGAAAAGCCCAGGCACUUCACAGAGUUUAAUACAUAAGUGUGUCUGUGGUUAACGACACUAUGCCAAACUGCUUAUUCUUGAGAUGAGCAACUCUGUAAAAUCUUUUUUUUUUUUUUGUCAUUUGUCAACAGAGCAAAGGGAAUGUCUUCCCUUCUUUUGCAGAGCUUAUUUUUUGCUACAGUGUUUUCCUUGCAUGCUUCUUAAAAAAAUUAAAACAAAAAUGAUUGAGAAUAAA